GAUCCUGUGGGGGAGAACGCAGGUGUCCAUGCCUCUGCAGAGGACAAGAAGGAGAAGGUGCCCAGCCCCCAUCUCAGCCAAAUGGUGGUCCUUACUAACAGUGGGACUCUGUAUGGACUGGCACAGAGAGUGGUGGCCACCGAGUCUCUUGUGUUUCUGGCAGAGCAGUUUGAAUCCCUGCAGUCCCACUUGGACACGAUGAUGCCCGCUGCCAAGAAACCGUUCCUGCAGCAGUUCUAUUCCCAGACGGUGUCCACAGCCAGUGAACUGAGGAAGCCCAUAUACUGGAUCGUGGCAGCAAAGGCCAUCGACUACGAGCAAAUGCUGCUCAUGAUGGCCGGGGUCAAAUGGGACAUCAGGGAGAUAAUGUCACAGCACAACAUCUAUGUGGACGUCCUGCUGAAGGAGUUUGAGCAGUUUAACAAGCGGCUGGAUGACGUUUCCAGACAUGUGCGCAUCCCCCUGCCGGUCUCCAAUGUCCUCUGGGAACACUGCAUCCGCCUGGCCAACAGGACUCUAGUGGAGGGCUACGCCAACGUGAAGAAAUGCAGCAACGAGGGCCGGGCUCUCAUGCAGCUGGAUUUUCAGCAGUUCCUGAUGAAGCUGGAGAAGCUGACGGACCUGCGGCCCAUCCCCGACAAGGAGUUUGUCGAGACCUACAUCAAGGCCUAUUACCUGACCGAGAACGAUAUGGAGCAGUUCAUCAAGAACCACCGGGAGUACUCCAUGAAGCAGCUGGCCAACCUGGUGAACGUUUGCCUGGGAUCACACAUAAACAAGAAGGCCCGCCAGAAACUCCUAGCCGCCAUCGACGACAUAGACAGACCCAAGAGAUAG